AGAUGUACACCUUUGAAACUUCCUCCAUUGAUACUGGUGAAAAGUGAUGCUUAUAGAUAGAUUGAGGUUAACUGGAAAUAGUAAGGCAUUGUGGAAAAAAAGUCUUUGCCGAUAGAGAUGAUAAGAAUGAAUGCCACUAGGGUUUUCAUGCUUGGAGGUGCUGCCUUGGAAGUGGUGCUGUCUUUGCAGACAUUUGAAGAGAAUACGCAUUCUGCUAUCAGUGACCCACCCAAAUCUACUGUAACUGUCCUGGUGCGUGACAGCUGCCCCAAAGGUAUCCCCCUUUGAUUGCCUUCUGUUCAGGAGCUUUCAGUGUUGGUGUUACAUCUGGAGCCAGAAUUCAUCCAGUUGGCAAAGGACUUCGAGGAUUUCCGUAAAAAGUGGCAGAGAACAGACCAAGAGCUGGGGAAAUACAAGGAUCUUCUGAUGAAAGCAGAGACUGAGCGUAGUGCUCUGGAUGUUAAGCUGAAGCAUGCACGCAAUCAGGUGGAUGUCGAGAUCAAACGGAGGCAGCGAGCUGAGGCUGACUGUGAAAAGCUGGAAAGACAGAUUCAGCUGAUCCGAGAGAUGCUCAUGUGUGACACAUCUGGCAGCAUUCAACUAAGUGAGGAGCAAAAAUCAGCUCUGGCUUUUCUCAACAGAGGCCAACCAUCCAUUGGCAACGCUGGGAACAAAAGACUGUCAACCAUUGACGAAUCUGGUUCCAUUUUAUCAGAUAUCAGCUUUGACAAGACUGAUGAAUCACUGGAUUGGGAUUCUUCUGUAAUAAAGACUUUCAAACUGAAGAAGAGAGAAAAGAGGCGCUCCAAUAGCCGACAGUUCGUUGAUGGCCCCCCGGGACCUAUAAAGAAAACUCGUUCCAUUGGCUCUACAGCAGACCAGGGGAAUGAAUCCAUAGUUGCAAAAACUACAGUGACUGUUCCCAGUGAUGGCGGGCCCAUUGAAGCUACAUCCACUAUUGAAACUGUUCCAUAUUGGACAAGAAGUCGAAGGAAAACAGGUACUUUACAGCCUUGGAAUAGUGACUCUACCUUGAGCAGCAGGCCGCUAGAGCCAAGAACUGAAACAGACGGUUCCAGCACUCCGCAGAGUAGCGGGGGGAUGCGUCUGCACGACUUUGUCUCUAAGACGGUUAUUAAACCCGAAUCUUGCGUUCCAUGUGGGAAGCGGAUAAAAUUUGGCAAGCUGUCUCUUAAGUGUCGAGACUGUCGUGUCGUCUCUCAUCCAGAAUGUCGGGACCGCUGUCCCCUUCCCUGCAUUCCUACCCUGAUAGGGACACCUGUUAAGAUUGGAGAGGGAAUACUGGCAGAUUAUGUGUCUCAGACUUCUCCAAUGAUCCCCUCCAUUAUUGUCCACUGCGUAAAUGAGAUUGAACAGAGGGGGCUGACCGAGACAGGCCUAUAUCGGGUCUCAGGCUGUGACCGGACAGUAAAAGAACUAAAAGAGAAAUUUCUCAGAGUGAAAACUGUACCCCUCCUCAGCAAAGUGGAUGACAUCCAUGCUAUCUGUAGCUUCCUGAAAGACUUCCUUCGAAACCUUAAAGAACCCCUUCUGACCUUUCGGCUGAACAAGACCUUUAUGGGAGCAGCAGAAAUCACAGAUGAGGACAACAGCAUAGCUGCCAUGUACCAGGCUGUUGGUGAGCUGCCCCAGGCCAACAGAGACACAUUAGCUUUCCUCAUGAUUCACUUGCAGAGAGUGGCUCAGAGCCCAAACACUAAAAUGGAUAUUGCCAAUCUGGCUAAAGUCUUUGGCCCUACAAUAGUUGCCCACGCUGUGCCCAAUCCAGAUCCAAUGACAAUGGUACAGGACAUCAAGCGUCAACCCAAGGUGGUAGAACGCUUGCUCUCACUGCCCCUGGAAUACUGGAGUCAGUUCAUGAUGGUGGAACAAGAGAACAUUGACCCCAUGCAUGUCAUUGAAAACUCAAAUGCCUUUUCAACACCACAGACACCAGAUGUUAAAGUGAGUUUACUGGGACCUGUGACCACUCCUGAGCAUCAGCUUCUCAAGACGCCUUCCUCCAGCUCCCUGUCACAGCGAGUCCGCUCCACGCUCACCAGGAACACGCCCAGAUUUGGAAGCAAAAGCAAGUCUGCCACAAACCUAGGACGUCAAGGCAACUUCUUUGCUUCUCCAAUGCUCAAGUGAAGUCACGUCUCCUGUUACUUCCAGCAUUUACUGACUGCAAAGGAAGGGCGCACCUGUACUCUCUGCUUGCAGCCUCCUGUACUUGUUACUACUUUUAGCAUUCUCCAGGCUUUUAAUCAAGUAUAAUUGUGCAUGGGGGUUUUAUUAAAACUAUAUAUAUCUUCCUCUCUUUCUCUCCAAGUAAUGUAACAUCAACACCUUGUGCUGUCGUUGGGAGCUUUCAGAUGGGAGCUCUUUAUAGGGGUAGAGGGCAUUAUGAAAUUCAUUGUGAUUGGGAGGGGCUGUGGUGGGGAGGGCCUCAUCCCUUUGGCUGAAAGCUAAAUGCUGCUCGUGGAAUGACCUUUCUGUGGUGUUAUUUAGAACUUAUUUCCACGAGGCAAUGACAGAGCCCUACCUCUUUAGUAAAAUUAACUUGUCUCAGAGUGGGAGGUGGGAGGGCAGGGUGAAAACAGAUUUGGAUAGAGGAUUUAGGAUGGCUCCUGAGAACUUGGAUGUUCCUCUUUCUCCAUGAUGAACUGGAGCUAUAACAUGGAGCCUUCAGAAAAAUGGGAUAGGGUGAGGACAGAACUAGUGAUGGGUGUAUACUUAGCUUUAAGUUGAAUUGGUUAGGUUUAAUAGUACUAAGUGGCACAACCUUGUAAAAGUGACACUUUUUGUAUUUAUCUCUAAUGGGCCUCUGGCUGGACUUUGGCUUUGGUGGGGAUCGAGGCCAGUUUGUUUAUAAGUGAAUUCAUUCUGAUUCUUGAGCCCUGCCUGUCUGUUGGAGCCGUAGAGGUCAGUAUGCUGUCUAUUUGGCAUCCCACUAACAAUUAAGAGUAGGCUACAGGGGAGAUUGUCAAUAUUUUGUGUGGCAAGAAAAGCCACAUUUUGUCUUUGCACUUUGGAUGCUGAAAUCUUCCUAUGUAACAUAGCUACAUCUAGAUAAAUAUGAGUUUUCUUUUAUUAAAAUUAUUUUCAAUGUCUAUAAAAAUGCGUUCUUCUAUAGAAUGUUUAUGACACAUAUUGACCCUUGUCUGUACAAUACAUAUUUGAAAUAAUAUUUGGAAAAAAGUAAAUCGUUUUUUUUCAAAGUGAA